UGCGUCGGCUGAGCUGAACGAUGGUGAAGCCAGACAUUCACACUCUGGCCCACCACCUGAAGCAGGAACGUCUCUAUGUGGCAUCAGAGAAGCAGCUUAUCCAGCGGCUCAACAACGAGGUGCUAAAGACAGCAGAAAGGCUCUACCGCGCAGCCUGGAUCGCCAAACAACAGAGGAUCAACCUCGACCGCCUCAUUCUCACUAGUGCCGAGGCCUCACCUGCAGAAUGCUGCCAGCAUGCCAAGUUUCUGGAGGACACACAGUUUGUGGAUGGUUAUAAAACACUGGGCUUUCAGGAGAGCAUCUAUGGAGAGUUCCUGAGCCGAUUGAGGGAGAACCCGCGAUUGGUGGCGUCCUGUCUGGUGGCAGGAGAGAGACUUAAUAAUGAGCACACACAGGGGGUCAUACACACUGUCUUCACCACUCUCUAUGGCAACUGCAUCAUGCAGGAGGAUGAAAGCUACCUGCUGCAGGUGCUGCGUUAUUUGGUAGAAUUUGAGCUAAAGGAAAAUGACAACCCUCGUCGGUUGUUACGGCGAGGCACGUGUGCCUUCAGCAUCCUCUUCAAACUCUUCUCCGAAGGCCUGUAUUCAGCUAAACUUUUCCUCACCGCUACUCUCCACGAGCCCAUCAUGCAGCUUCUGGUAGAGGACGAGGACCAUCUAGAGACAGAUCCAGCCAAACUGAUAGAGCGCUUUACCCCAGCCCAGCAGGAGCGCCUGUUUGGGGAGAAAGGCACAGACGAGUACCGCAGAAAGGUUCAAGCAGCAGUGGAGGAAAAUGAGGCCAAGCUGGUGGCUCUUGUAAACACCUUUAUCGGCUACUUGAAGCAGAACACCUACUGCUUCCCACAGAGCCUGCGCUGGAUCGUGUCUCAGAUGUAUAAGACGCUGGCACGAGUGGAGAGGUUGGAGGUUGGGGAGGUGAGGACGAUGUGCACAGACUUGCUGCUCACCUGCUUCAUCUGUCCAGCCAUCGUCAACCCCGAACAGUACGGCAUCAUCUCAGAUGCACCCAUCAAUGAGGUGGCACGCUUCAACCUCAUGCAGGUGGGGCAGUUGUUGCAGCAGUUAGCAAUGUCUGAUGCAGAUGAUGGAGAUCCUCGACGUAAAAGCAGUUUAUUAAAGUUUGACAAGAUGUGUGUUGCCGCCUUUUUGGACGUGGUCAUUGGUGGAAGGGCUGUCGAGACUCCACCGAUGUCGUCAAUGAAUUUACUGGAGGGCCUCACACGGACUGUUGUUUACAUGACUCAUAAUCAGCUUUUAGCUUUGGUGGACUUUGUGCGCAGUGUUACAGCAGGCGAUCAGCUCAGAGAGGAAGAGCAUCUGGCUCUAGAAACUCUUCUUGCUAAUGUUCCUCAGUCCCGCACAACAAAGAGCAACAGUCUGGAGCUCACGCCCUCAAACACACCCCAGCUCUCCCCUGCUACUACACCUGCAAACAAGAAGAACAGACUCCCCAUUGGCUCUCGCAGCCGAAGCCGAUCCAACAUGGCCCAGGAAGGAGAGACUGAAGCCAGUUCUCAAGAGUCUCUGCAAGAGGUCCCCGAGGAAGUGCUGGUCAUCUCUCUAGGAACAUCACCACAGACCAUUCCCGGGAUGAUGUCAGAAAACGAGGUUCUGACUUUGCAUCUUGGAGAUGGAGGACAAGGUGACGCCCCUGUCGACGACACCAAAUUACAUGGCAAGCCUGACAAAACACUGCGCUUCUCACUUUGCAGUGACAACCUGGAGGGCAUUUCUGAGGGGCCGUCUAACCGCUCAAAUUCAGUUUCUUCUUUGGAUUUGGAAGUGGAGUCCGUGUCAGAAGGAGGACCAGGACCGUCUGGUAGUAACGGUGCAGAAGCCUUACAGCUACUGGAGCACGAACAAGCCACUACACAGGAUAAUUUGGACGAUAAACUGCGCAAGUUUGAGAUUCGGGACAUGAUGGGCCUGACGGAUGACCGAGACAUUUCUGAGACGGUCAGUGAGACUUGGAGCACUGAUGUCUUGGGGAGUGACUUUGACCCCAACAUGGAUGAGGACCGACUGCAGGAGAUAGGGGCUGCAGCGGAGAAUGCUCUGGGCAGCAUGCUGUGUUUGCCUGUGCUUUUGGAUCCAUAUGGUUCAACCAUCUCAGAGACCACGAGCGAGGCUUGGAGUGUGGAGGUUCUGCCGAGUGACUCAGAAGCUGCAGACCUGAAGCAGGAGGAACGUUUGCAGGAGCUGGAGAGCUGCUCCGGUGUGGGAAGCACUUCAGACGACACAGAGGUCCGAGAGGUCAGCUCAAGACCAAGUACUCCAGGACUCAGCGUUGUUUCAGGCAUCAGUGCCACGUCGGAGGACAUCCCUAAUAAGAUUGAAGACCUACGCUCGGAAUGCAGCUCCGAUUUUGGAGGCAAAGACUCCGUGACCAGUCCAGAUGGAGAGGACUCUGCUCAUGGAGCUCACAGUCUCUCCUGUGCACCUUCUCAAACAGAUUCACUGCUGGCCAUGUUCGAUCCCCUCUCCUCUGGAGAAGGUUCGUGCACUGGCACCAUAGUGCGACCCAAGGUACACUAUCCUCGUCCUCCUCACCCUCCGCCUGACCCACCCAUUCCAGAGGCCAGCAUAACCAGCCACAUGGAACCCCGUCCGCCCCUCUUUCCUCCCCACCUGGCACAGGGUGACCUGGAGCACCCCAAGCAGAGGCACUCUUACCCUGAGAGGCUGGUGAGGAGCCGCAGCACAGAUGUGGUGUCCGCUGGACGCAGACCUAACAGUGACCCCGGACUGAACCGCAGAACCAUGAUGGAGGAGAGAGACCCGGCUGGAGCUUACUCUACUGGGCCCACCUCCUCUCCCAGCAAGGAUUCCCUCAAAGGAGAGUCUGAGGACAGGAAGGACAGUGAUGAUGAGAAGUCUGAUAGGAACAGACCCUGGUGGAAGAAGCGCUUUGUUCCUGCCAUUCCUAAAGUGCCGAUUGCCGGGCUUCGGAAGCGGGACAAGGCAGAAAAAGACGAGCAAGGAGCAGAGAGGGUCCCACAAGAUGAGCCUUCACUGCUCAGACAGAGCUCCAAAACCCAGUCAGCAGAGGCAAUUAUGGACAAGUACAUCAGGUACAUGGAGAAACGACCCGCACAGGCUGACGGAGCAACUGCUGGAGGUUAUGUUGGACAAGAGUCUUGUCGAGAAGGGGACAGUGAGCACGACUCUCCUAAAGAUGAAGCUCUGCAGAACAUCUCUGCUGAUGAUCUUCCGGAUUCUGCCAGUCAGACGGCACCACCUCAGGACAAGACUUUCUCCUUCAGUGAUAUUAAGAAGAAGCUACGCCUGGCACUUUGCUCUGCAGAUUCAGUUGUGUUUCCCAUCAUUCCACCUGCAACAACACGCAACGGUCUUCCAGAUCAUGCAGAUCCUGAAGACAACGAGAUUGUGUGCUUUCUGAAGGUGCAGCUGGCGGAGGCCAUUAACCUGCAGGAUAAGAACCAGAUGGCACAGAUCCAGGAGACCACGCGCUGCGUCAGCCACCUCGACCCGCGCACCUGCAGAAAACUGCUCACUGCCAUGGCAGAGGACUACAGGAAGCGGGCUCCAUACAUCGCCUAUCUGACACGUUGUCGGCAGGGCCUGCAGACAUCUCAGGCUCAUCUGGAGAGACUCCUGCAGAGAGUGUUGAGAGAUAAAGAAGUGGCCAACCGCUACUUUACCACUGUCUGUGUCCGACUACUGCUGGAGCACAUGGAGUCCAAGAUGCUUGACUUCAUUAAAGCAUUUCAGGGAUGCACAGCAGCUGAUGAUAAGACAGCAGCCGUGGAGGAUUUCCUGCGUUACCUGUAUGGAGCCAUGGCCCAUGAUGCCAUCUGGCAGUACGCCAGUGAAGAGCAGCUCCAGGACGCACAGAUGGCCAUCGAACGCAGCGUCAUGAACCGCAUCUUCAAACUGGCAUUCUACCCCAAUCAGGAUGGGGACAUCCACAGAGACGAGCUAUUCCAUGAGCACAUUCAGCGACUGUCUAGAGUGGUGUCGGCCAAUCAUAAAGCUCUGCAGAUCCCUGAGGUGUAUCUGAAAGAGGCUCCGUGGCCUUCUGCACAGGCUGAGAUCAAGACCAUCAACGCCUAUAAGACCCCGCGAGAUAAAGUGCAGUGUAUCUUGCGCAUGUGCUCCACCAUUAUGAACCUGCUCAGCCUGGCCAAUGAGGAUGCUGUACCCGGCGCGGAUGACUUCGUCCCUGUGCUCGUCUUUGUUCUGAUUAAAGCAAACCCACCCUGCCUUCUGUCCACCAUUCAGUACAUCAAUAAUUUCUACGCCAGCAGGCUGAGCGGGGAGGAGUGCUAUUGGUGGAUGCAGUUCACUGCUGCCGUGGAAUUCAUUAAAACCAUCGACGAUCGCAAGUGAAGCAGAACAGCCACCUGUAUGGGCAGACUGUAGGAAGGAGAGAGAAAGAGAGAGAGAGAGAGGACAGCGCGGAUGACUACUCUUCCCUUCAUCCAGAUCUGUAAAGGUGUACAUAAAUAGACACUUUGAUCAAAAAUUAGACAGGUUUUACUUCAACGCCGUGUUAAACGAAUGAAAUCCAUGUUAGCAAAUGGCAACGUUGGCAUUCUCUACUGAUCUCGCUUAUAACCCACAACCUUUUCUGUAGUAUUUGGGGAGCAACCGGGGCUUAGAAUCAACUCUUUCUCUAUAUUAAAAGCAGAUUUAGCAAGUAAUUAGCUCUGUUGAAACGUAGCUAUCAAGCGAAAAAGGGACCAGGAACUAUAUACAGAUCAUGUGUCGGGACGCUUCAGUGUAAAUCGUGCAAUCUCACCCCCGUUCAACGCUACCAGUCACAUUUCCAGUCAUAUCGAAGAACGCAUCACCUAAAGAUGCUGCCAAUGUAUCAAUGUUACAGAUUGAAUGAAUCAUGCCAUUAUUUUAACAGGGCAGCUUGUUCUAUGAAUGUAAACAGGUGUUGUCAUUAUUGUACAUUCAUUCUUUUCCUACGUUUUCCGGACGAUUUGAAAAUAAGGGCCCACAUAUUUAUAUAAAAUAAAAUGUAUUU